AUGGAGCAACUUCAUUUGCAAAUUAUCAGCCCCAGCUAUACAAAACAACUUGGAGAGCAGACCCAUCUUCUUGGUUUUGACGAUGUCUUGCUGGCUGGCAUGCUUGCUGGUGAAAGCCGGGAGAGGACCUACGAAAAGCAGCCGCCUGUGAGUCAGGGUCUCCGAGGAGAAGCUCAAGUGGAGUUCAACUUCACCUUGCUUCUUUUACACGACCUAACCUUCAAGGAGGACAUCCAGGUGGAUGUGGAAGAAAGCAAUGCCUCAGUGUUUCAACAGAUGUUGUCGACACUUCACAACUCGACCCAAUGGGAAUGGGACUGGUCGAAGAUCCGAAUCUCGGUGUUUGAUGAUUUCCGAAUUGUUUACUCUGGCUCCAACUCGGACCUGUCUGUCUCGGAGGGGCGAAAGAAGGAGUGGCUUCAGCUCGUCCUGGAGUCGGCCGUUUGUCCGUCCGAAGAGCUUCUCAGUGGGCCUGCAACAGCAAAUGGCCUUGCAUGUCUGUCUGGUGAGUGUGAGAACCUCACCACUCCACAGUACUUUCUCAAGAACCUGCCUUCUGGGGACGUGGUUCCAAUCCACAGCGCUGGCAAACUCUCUGCAGGUGCCAAGAAUCACUUCUAUGUUCUUGGCAAGUGGAUAGCAAGAGCCUACAUCAUCGAUCCAAGAGUUUUUGCUCCCUUGCCUUUGCACAAUUUCAUCUAUGAGAGCUUGGUGGCAGGAAAGCCCACAGAGUGCGAGCGGCUCGUCUCGAUCUUGGGCAACCGCAGGCUGGAGGACGUGGGGCCUUAUGCUUGGAAGAGCUGCGACGCAGUCCAGGACUGCUGGGAUGCAGACACGGGGAAGUAUGUCCAAGAUGAUUGCUACGUGCCCCUUUACCGCUCUCCCGACACGUGGAAGGAACUGGACAUCAAGUGGGGUGCAGCAGCACCAAACGGUGUCGAGCCAUACGAUUCGGUUCCUUAUGAGAGAGCACGGGAAUACACUGAGCAGAACUGUCGCUACCUAUGGGAGACGGGCUUUGCCGAUCCAGUUGAAGAAAUCAUCAAGGGCUUUCGCGAGGUGAUCCCCACCGACAAGAUGUUCUGGAAGAAACUGCAAGGAGCAUCUCAUUUGAAGCAAUUGGUGGAAGGCAGCCACGAGGUGGAUGCUGAGAGCUUUCUGGCCAGGGUUGUUUGGCAAGGGCCCUGGUCAGAAGCAGACCGCCAGAUGAUGGAGGGGGUCAUGGGAGAAUUGCAUCAGCAAGGGUCGGGCUUACCAAUUCAGAAGAAGCCGCUGAGCAAACUCCUGCGCUACAUCACAGGAUCUUCCAGAAAGCCUGUUCCGGAACUGGACGGAUUUGUGAAUGAAACUUCGCACAAAAUUGUAUUUGUCAAAGAUGGCACCGAUGAUGACAAGUGCCACCGCCCCUUGUCAGUGCAAAACAACCGUUUGUGGGUGUCAGAGGAAUGCCUGACAAGCAAGGCUUUGCUAAUGGAGCAGUUUGAUCGGCCCCUUGUGAGCCCUCAAACUGGACAAGACAUUCACCUUCUUGGCUUUAUGGAUGACUUUCUGGAUGCUGAGAAUGAAAGAAGGAAACUCAAAGGACAGCCUUUGCUUGACACAGGUCUUCGAGGACUUGCCCAGAGAGGUUUUGACAUCAUCGAUGCAGAAUGGCCUAGACUGGAGGUGAACCGCCAAGGCAAUACAUCGGUGUUUCAGCAAACGCAGGCGGAAUUUCGAGCCGUGCCCACUCGUCUGUAUGUGAAGUGGGGCAAGAUCUCUUUUGCAGGUGAGGCCGGCGUUGAUGCGGGUGGAUUGAAGAAGGAAUG